AUGGCGAACGUGGUUAUGGGCAUUGGCGCAUUGGCAUCAGUGGCCACUAUUAUUCGCCUUCCAUACUCCCCUGCAUACUCUCAACCUUCGAACCAACUCCACGGCAUUGGCAACAUCAUCCUUUGGACGAUUGUGGAGUGCAGUCUCGGCAUCAUCGCCGGAUCAAUGCCCAUGCUCCGAAAGCUCUUCAAAGCGUUGCGGAAAGACGACAGUUCAUACGCCAGAGGGACCGACGAUAUCAACCUCGUCACAAUUGGUCAGGUUCGUGGGAAGCAUCAUCCGAUUUAUGACGGGGAUGUCAGAGCAACUGUUGCUGCAGGCGAAGAUCGAGAGAGCGAUAGAGAUGACGAGAGCACGAGGCAGAUAAUCAGGGUCACAAAAGAGUUCGAGCAGGUAUCAGUCAUAGAGAAGCCUCCGUCUCGACAUUAG